GCCCCACCCACCCUUCAAUGAACCUCCUGCUCCAGCCCUUGCCGCCUCCAUUUUGAUGUUUGGAAUCAGGGAAUCCAGGAUCCUCGCCAAGGCUGAGUCUCCCCAGAUGCACUGAGGCUUUAGAAAGUGCUUCUUAACCGAUCGGGAGCUCAUGCAUAAGUGUGAGAAGGCUGCUGAUCUGACACGACAGAGCUGAACCAUGGCUGAACCCCAACAGGACAUGAGGGAUGAGCCCGCAGGUGAAAAUAAACAAGGCCCAAAUCCACCACUGCCAACUGACCCAGGUGAUGAUGCCAAACCUAACCAUACCUGUCUAGAGCUGGUGCUGAAAGUCAGAAUUCAGAGCCCCAAAGAAAAUGACUUUAUUGAAGUUGAACUGAACAGACAGGAGCUGAGUUAUCAAAAUCUGCUGCAAGUGAGCUGCUGUGAACUGGGGAUAAACCCCGAUCAAGUGGAGAAGAUCAGAAAGCUACCAAACACACUGCUCAGAAAGGACAAAGACAUUCUAAGACUACGGGACUUGCAGGAAGUUGAACUCAUUUUAAUGAAAACUGGGAGCUCUCAAUUGAUAGAAUACACACCGUCUCUGAUAGAGAAGCCCUGCUACAACAGUAACGCUGCAAAGAUGACUUAUUAAAAGUCCCAGAAACUAAA